AUGUGGGACUGGAGCUGUUUUUUCCCCGCAGGAGGAAGAGGAGCAGGAGAGCUCUCAGGGGCAGGAAAAGAGCGCAAGUUCUGCAGGCAAAGCAGAGAACGAACAUGAGAUUUCUGCGAAAUUCCAGGAGCAGGAGCAGAAGGCCAGCCCAGAGCAGGGGAAGAAGGAGAAGGAGGAGGACCUGGAGAGCAUCAUCACCUCCCUGCUGGAAAAAGAGCACGAGGGGGACAGCCCCAGAGCACCAAGUCGAGUCAUGGCGUUCGUGCGGGUCAAGCCAACUGCUCAUUUUGCCCAAGACAUGAUCAGGCUUGGGGCAGACAACAAGAGCAUCGAUAUCUACAUCCAGAAGAAUCCCAGGGGAGGAGUUGUGAAUAAUUCUCAGACUGACUGGUCCUUCAAGCUGGAUGGGGUCCUGCACAACACUUCCCAGGAAAUGGUUUAUGACACUGUGGCCAAGGACUUGGUGUGCAAAGCUCUGCAGGGCUACAACGGUACCAUCAUGUGCUAUGGGCAAACUGGAGCUGGCAAAACCUACACCAUGACAGGAGCAGCCUCUGAGUACAGGAACAGAGGGAUCAUCCCCAGAGCUAUCCAGCAGGUCUUCAAAUCAGCUGCAACAUUCCUCAACAUCCUGGUGACUGUCCGAAUUUCCUACCUGGAGAUCUACAACGAGGCCCUGUUCGACCUCCUGGCGCCGGCGCUGGGCCGCGGCUGCAAGGACAGCCAGCUGUGUGUCAUGGACGGGCCCCAGGGGGUUUAUGUCAAGGGGCUCUCCAUCCACCCCGUCAGCCACGAGGAGGAGGCUCUGCAUCUCCUUUUUGAGGGUGAGACCAACAGAGUGAUAGGAGAGCACAGCCUGAAUAAGAAUUCCUCCAGAUCCCACUGCAUCUUCACCAUGUACCUUGAGUGUCGUUCCAGAGAUUACACAAACCACAAAUGCCUUAAAUCUAAAAUCACCUUAAUUGACCUGGCAGGGUCUGAGAGGCUGAGCAAGACUGGGUCUGAGGGCCAGGUGAGGGUGGAGGCCGCCUACAUCAACAAGUCCCUGUCGUUCCUGGAGCAGCUGAUCAUCGCCCUGGCCGAUCCCAAGAGGGAGCACAUGCCCUUCAGGCAGAGCAAGCUCACCCACGUGCUCAAGGACUCGCUGGGUAAGGGCUGCCACUGCCCCCAGCUCCUGCAGAGCUGGACAGGGCAACUGUCCUCCCUCCGCUUUGCCACCAGGAUGAACUGGGUGACAGCAGAGCCUGUCCCCAACGAGCCCUUCUACAGGGAGCCAUCAGUGAAGGCUCUGGAGGAGGAGAUCCAGCUCCUGAAGCAAGAGCUGAUCAUGCAAGUCAACUUGACAAGUCAUUCCUUGAUGACUUACAACCCCCUGACUACAGCUCAGAGAGCAGAAAUCAGAUCCCAAGUCCAGAAAUACCUCAGAGGAGUCAUUGAGGAAAUCGAUAUUGUGAAUGUCAGGCAGAUCCAGGAGGUGUUUAGACAGUUCAAAGUGAUUUUAAGCCAACAGGAGGAAGAACUGGAAAACAGGCUCUGGAGCAAGUAUGGGAUGGGAUUCGUGGCUGGGACUGGCUCCAUCUCCAGCUCUGACCUGCGCAUGGAGGAGGCUGAGGAGGAGCAGGAGGAGGAGGAGGAAGAGGAAGAGGAGGAGGGCAGCACAGAGCGAGCUCCUGUGUCUGUGUCUGCUUUCAGGCCCCUUCUGUCCAAGCAACAGGCCUUUGAGGUGUUCAAGAAGGAGGCUGGACAGGAGAUCCACAGGAUCUUCAGGGACAACAAGAGAAUCCUCAUUGCCAAGAAGAAGGCAAGCCAUUCUGUGGCCCAGAGGCUCAACAGCCUCAAGGAGGAGGUGGAGACAACCAAGGAGGCUCUGGAGGCUCAGAAGAAGAAGCGGAGGCAGGAGGGAGAAUACACGGAUGAGAAAGGCCAGGUGAUCAUCGAUGAGAACGAGUUCUCCCUCAUUGUGAAGCUGAAGGAGCUGAAGGAGGAGCACAGGGCUGGCUUUUCUGAGCUGAAGGACCUGAAGGCAGAGAUCCAGUACUGCCAGCACCUCGUGGAUAAGUGCAGGAAAAGGCUUAUCUCAGAGUUUGAGAUCUGGUACAACGAGAACUAUCGACUCCCUAAGGAUGUGAAGAAAGCUCUGGAGCCUGGCGGGAACAUCAGACCUGGGAUGAUUCCCAUCAACAGAGUCAUGUCCCUGGAUGAAGAUGAGCAGGACAAGUUUGAGCAGGUGCAGGAGAAGGUGCUGCCAGACUGCCCGGGCUCCGUGUCCUUCUACAGGGCCAGGAUGAGGACAGAUCAAAAGCAAACCUUCAGCAGCUCCCUGGAUUCCCUCCAGAGCAUGCACAGGAAACCCGGACUGCUCCCGGCUGCUGACAAGAAGAAAGCCCUGACCUUCCUGUCCAUCUCAUAGCCUGCAUCCCAGCAUUCCCCACGGAAUGGCACCUCAGCAAGGGCCCCCUGCUCGCGUCCACCAUCGAUUUAUAAAAAUAAACAGCAGGAGAAGCGACCCACACAACCUUUGGGCAGGAGGGAGUUACUGGGGAUCGAUGGCGCUGUUUGGACAGGACAGGAGCCAGGCAGCUCCAAUGGUUCUGAAACCGUGGAGUUUCAGUUCCUGAGCCUCUGGAAAAGGCAGGAUCACAGCACAGAGGCUGCUGGGGGGAACCCAGGCUGCUCCUGAUUCCCUCUGUCCCGGUGCUGGAGCUGCACUCUCCUGGGCUUGCUCCCAUUGCAGCAACAAGUCAUGGCUUGGCCUGUUGGAGAAGGGAAUGGAACAAAGAUUCAUUUCUGGGG